GUCGAGCUAUACUGACCACUUCAUCAUAUUGAAAGCAAACUCAAUCAUAAGUAUCAUUUCACAUUCAACUUUGAAUCCAAAAAAAGAUUUGUUCCAUAUUCAAUUCCCCUACCUCCUCAAAAAAGUGAAGGAAAGCCCCAUAAACAAUUCACCCUUGGAUUCUUCAAGCUUUGAACCCCACCACCAUGUGACCAAUGAAGAAAGCUAAAGGAAAGGACUUGGAUGAGAGUGAUGAGGAUGAAGAAGAGGAGGACGAGGAUGAAGAUGAAGAUGCGGAGGAAGAUGAUGAGCUUGGAGCAUUUGGUGUUGCCGAUGAAGAUGAUGAAGACGCAGAUAAGUUGGCAAGAUAUGAAGAUUUUUUUGGUGGUAAAAAGAAGAAAGAUUCCAAAAGAAAACCCAAAGUUAUCAAUGAGUCGGAAGAAGAUGUUAGCACUGAUGACGAAGAUGAUGAUAAUGAUGGAGCGGCUGCAAAGAAGAAAAAGAAAAAUCUCUCCACCCAUGAAAGGGAGCUUUUGGACCUCAAAGCCGAAAUAGAGCAAAUGGAAAAGGCGAAUUUGGAGCCGAAGGCAUGGACGAUGCAAGGAGAGGUCACAGCUGCAACAAGGCCGAAGAACAGUGCUCUGGAAGUGGAUCUAGAUUUUGAGCACAAUGCUAGACCUGCACCGGUUAUAACUGAGGAGGUCACUGCAUCACUUGAAGAGUUGAUCCGGAAAACGAUCCUCGAGGGGCAUUUUGAUGAUGUUCAGAAGCCUUCCAGUUUACCUGCUAAAGCACCCAGAGAAUUGAAAGAACUGGAUGACAACAAGAGCAAGAAGGGUCUGGCUGAAAUCUAUGAGGAAGAGUAUGCACAGAAGACAAAUCCGGUCGCCGCCCCAUUGUCAUUCACUGAUGAGCAGAAAAAAGAGGCUGGAUUGCUGUUCAAGAGGUUGCUAUAAGUCGCUUGAUUGACUUCGUGGCUUAGUCAAGUGAAAGUACCGAUUAUGAAUAGAUUUGCAUAUAGGUUGAUAUCAUACGAUCCCACAAAUUGUAUCGUGCUUGCAUAUAAUAAAAGGCAGAUCUCUGCCUUCUUGGCUAUGGUAUCGAGAAAUGGAAGAAUAUUGCAGAAGUUUUAUUGCUUA